CCCGAACAGUCUCGUUUCGUCAGACGUUGGCGCGUUUCGGUCAUUUCGCGCGCUUUUUGACGUUUACAGAAAUCAGUGUUGUAAUUUUUACACGGAUAAUUUUUCGGUGCGUGACAAUGGAAAUGAGGUGGAGUUUUCUCUUAGCACUUUUGCUGGUCGGAGUGGCGAUGGCUUCGGAUGAAGAAGACAGUAUACCUGACGUGGGAGUGGAGGAAGACAGCGAUGAACUGGCUCUGGAUCAGGAGGAAACAAGGAAUCUUCGUCCGCGUGCUUACACGCCGACUGCAUACAACGCUCUGCCCAGCGGCUUCCGUCCAACACCUUCCCUGGCUGAACUGGCUGGGUACCAACAACGGCCACAACAGCAGGAGCAGCAAGAAUACGUCGUACCUACCAGGCAGCAACAGCAAGUUUACAUCGAAGAGCCUCGAGCGCCCGUCAGAGCUGUCCAGAGAAAGCCUCAAGAGCAAAGACCAUUGAAAUACCAACAACAACAACUCCAAGAAGUCGAAGAAGAACUAGAAGACGAGAAGGAGGAGCCCGACCGUCUCUCUGAGCUGCUCCAACAGUCAAAGUUCAACUGCGUCGGCAAACAGACCGGCUACUACGCUGACGAGGAACUUAACUGCGAAGUGUUCCACUACUGCCAGGACAGCGUCAAGCACUCCUGGAUCUGCCCGGACGGCUUCACAUUCCACCAGGUGCACCUGAUCUGCAUGCCGCCGACGCACGACAACAUCUGCCAGAAGUCGUCGAAGUACCACUUCGUGAACGAGUACCUGUACCGGCCGGUGAACCAGGACGAGGUGGACAAGAAGCCCAACGUGUCCCUCAAGUACUCGGACCGGUACUACCCGGCCGAGGUGUACAGGGACGACCGGUACGAGCAGGACGAGGAAGAGGAAGAGGAAGAAGCCCCUCGUCGCCACCCUCAGCCCCAACCUCAGCUGCAGCAGCUCCGCGCGUCUCCGAGACCUCAACCUGCCCAGGUGUUCAGGUCGGCGGAGGAGGUGAACAUUCCUCUGGGCCAGAGACGUCCCCAGCGUCCAUACGACUUCGACUUUUAGAUUCUCACAAUACAAUCAAAUCUUUAGUGAUAUAUGAUAUUGUUAUUUUUUGUUUUAUCGGUUUAAAACGAUAGCAACAAUCGCUGUGUUCUCAACACUCUCUUUCAAAAGCUCCUUGUUGGUUGUAAUUAAUGGGAAUUUGUAAAUAAUAAAAUCCGUAGUGUAUAAGUUAAAUAUCUUAUUUAUGUACGUUAUUGAAAGAUUUGUUAAGUUACAAAUUAGU